CUGAUGAAGGAAAAGGCACACAGAGAAAAGGUUGCAGGGAAUUAAUCAGAAUAAUUUCAGAACAAUUCUAAGUGACCAGAUAAAUUAUUAAAGGCAAAAGUGCACUCUGAAGGACUUAUAUGCAGAAUAGACUGCCUGUGCCUCUCUUUCUGACUCACACAUGGACAUUUGGCUUUCUUUUUUCCUUACUGUUGCAGCAUCUUCUUUUCAAGAUUUCUGCCUGUUCUUUUUACCUGUCACUGCAAGAAUGUGUGUGGUCCUCACAGUGGCUGAAUAAAGGCUCGGAAAGUAUGUGCUGCUUUCUUUCUCUGCUUCGGUGUCGCUGCAGCCUCUGAGUUUAUCUUCUGUUUCCUGGAGCGGCUGCUUGCCUUGCACAUCAGUGGGAAUCCUUGAUGCAAAGCUGGUAAUAGAAGUUUCUGCUGACAUUGGCGGCACUCUGGCAUCCUUUUCCAGCAUCACCCUUCUUGGCACUCUUGUUCGCAUUGAAAAAAUCAAGUGUGUAUGGAUGGGACUGAGGAAGACUUGAUCUACUGAAAGGCUUGAACUCACACCUGGAGCACAGAAAAUUAUGUCUGUAAUUCAACUGGAGGACGGAUUCCUAUCGUGCAGUAAUUGGUCAUCUAAUACAGAGCUGAAUGGCACUCAGGAACCUUUUGGAAAUCCUUCUGCAGAUUAUGAUGAGAAGGAAUUUCUGCAAUACCUUUGGAAGGAAUAUUUGCAUCCCAAGGAAUAUGAAUGGGUUCUCAUUGCUGGAUAUAUUAUUGUAUUUCUUGUGGCUCUCAUAGGAAAUAUCCUGGUUUGUGUUGCAGUGUGGAAGAACCAUCACAUGCGGACAGUGACCAAUUAUUUCAUAGUCAACCUGUCCCUGGCGGAUGUCCUUGUCACCAUCACGUGUCUUCCAGCAACCUUAGUGGUGGAUAUAACUGAGACAUGGUUCCUUGGGGACAGCCUCUGCAAGGUGAUCCCUUAUUUGCAGACUGUGUCAGUUUCUGUUUCUGUGCUGACACUCAGCUGCAUUGCCCUGGAUCGAUGGUAUGCAAUUUGCCACCCUCUGAUGUUUAAAAGCACAGCCAAGCGAGCAAGGAAGAGCAUUAUCAUUAUCUGGAUUGUGUCUUGCCUUAUAAUGAUUCCCCAAGCAAUUGUCAUGGAAUGCAGCAGUGUUUUGCCAGGAUUAGCCAACAAAACCAUCUUGUUCACCGUUUGUGAUGAGCAUUGGGGAGCUGAAGUCUACCCCAAACUUUACCACACCUGUUUUUUCCUAAUAACAUACAUGGCCCCACUAUGUCUUAUGGUAUUGGCCUAUUUGCAGAUAUUUCACAAAUUAUGGUGUCGACAGAUUCCAGGGACUUCAGCCACAGUUCAGAGAAAAUGGAAGCCUCUGCAGUCUACAGCAGAGACCCGUGGGCCAAAACCAUCAGUACAAUUGAGGAUUAAUGCUACGGCAGCUGAAAUCAAACAGAUUCAAGCGAGGCGGAAAACAGCGCGUAUGCUAAUGGUCGUUCUUCUGGUUUUUGCACUUUGCUACCUGCCAAUUAGCAUUCUCAACGUACUGAAAAGGGUGUUUGGGAUGUUUAACAAUGCAGAUGAUAGAGAAACUGUAUAUGCCUGGUUUACAUUCUCUCACUGGCUUGUAUAUGCAAAUAGUGCUGCGAAU